UAAGUUUCUGUCAUGGUUUCCUGUGCUUCUCUUGCAAUAAGAUAGUACAUUUGUUGACUCUCCUGUUAUUGUUUUAUUCAAUAAUCUACAUUCAUCGAAAUUAGAAUUUAAACAAAGCCAAGUUAAAGUGCAUUACUGAGUUACUGAGGACAGCCUUGUUUUUCAACUGCAUGUCAUGUGGGCACACCUCGUUUUCAGAGCUGUACAAACAUGUUCCUCACUCACAAGAUGACGUAAAUUGAGGGAAAAACAGGCAUGGUCAUGCCAUCUAAGAAGAAAUCAAAUGCACCAGUCUGCAGGUUAUGCAGUCUGAUAUGCAGACCAUAUGCAUUACUACAGGCUUGUUUCCUUUGGACAUUGUUCUGUUUGGCUCUAUGGACAUUGACUGAUGGGAUCCACAUCAAAAUAUUUCAGCCCACCAGACCUAAACCAGUUCCUUGCAAUAACAGUUCAUCCAUAAUAUCUGCGUUUGACAUGGGAAUCAGUGAUGAGGAGUGGGAAAGACUACAGAAGGCUAUUGACUGGCCUAUUCCAGAUCAAGAAAUAAUUAAUCUGAAUCAGAGCACAAGUCCAGUUCACUCAACUUUCUCUAUUGUGGGAUUCAAGGAGAGUUACAAAGUGGGAGAAAAGAUCUCUGUUAUUAUCACAGCCAGAGACCACAACAAGAACCUGAAAAGAUAUGGAGGAGAUUUUUUCAAAGCAAAACUUUUCAACGCAGAGCUAAAGGCGAGUGUGUAUGGGGAGGUUUUGGAUCAUCAUAAUGGGACUUACUCUGUUGAACUUCUUCUGCCGUGGGAAGGUCAGGCACAAGUUUCUGUACGUCUAGAGCACUCCAGUGAAGUUGUGCAGAUUCUUAAAAAAUACAGGGAUUCUUCAUUCCCACGCAGCCACUAUAAUGGCUACUUUGAAGGGCCAGGACUCAAUAAAACUAAGAUCCAUGAAGUAGUAGAAUGUAAUCUUAAGUGGGGUGCAGACGGAAGUUGGAGUAAAGGUGACUGCUGCUGUGAGUAUAAGGAUAUAAAAACAGAGACAGUGUGGCAGUGUGAGAGACCAAAGGAACUUUCCUGUGACCAACUGGUUCAUCAUUCAUACGGACAUUUGGAAGACCCAUUAAAUCUUUUUGAGCAGCAACUUUUUACAAAGAAUUUAACAAAUGUUGCUAUUAGUGGAGACAAAAAAGUCAUAACUGUCCUUCGCAGCACUGCACUUAUUGGCACAAUGGAGAAAUGCAGGUCUGGCAUGAAGACACCGGUUCCUGCAGGGUUUUAUUUGUACGAUGUCUGGAAGUCUUUUGUAUGCAACACUCGGCAGUUCAGUCCUGCACAAAUGGCAAACUGCCUUAAAAACAAGACUGUCUAUUUGAUGGGAGACUCCACCACAAGGCAGUGGUUCGAGUACUUAGAAAGAAACGUGCCAGGCAUAAAGAGAAUGGACCUCCACACUCCUCCUGCAAAUGGUCCACUGAUGGCUGUGGAGUUGAAAAAUAACAUCAUUGUUCACUGGAGACCACACGGUGUUCCUGUGCGAUUUAGUAAAAUGCCUAUUACUGAUCUGCACUAUAUCAGCAAUGAUAUUGAUGAAAUAGCCGGUGGACCUCAUGCAGUCAUUGUCUUCACAUUCUUUGCUCAUCUGGUUUUUCACCCAAUAACAUUUUAUGUGUAUGAAGUGGCCAAAAUCCGCCAGUCUGUUGUUGCACUGCUUAGGCGCGCUCCAGAGACCACCAUCAUCAUCAAGUCUGGAAACACUGCUGGACUCAAGAAUAUUUUUCAAAGUGAUUGGCAUGUUUUGCAGUUGGACACAGUGAUGCGGGAGAUGUUCAGAGACAUUGAUGGAGUCAUUUUCUUAGAUGUCUGGCAGAUGACUUCCUGUCACUAUCUACGUGAACACAUUCACCCAAGACCUGUCAUCAUUGCUAAUGAAGUCAACAUGUUUCUCUCACAUGUUUCUCCUAGCUGCGGCCUGUUCAAGUUGAUUUUGUUUCAUAAAGAAAAUGGGAAACUAAACUGGUUAAGUGAAGGCUAAGUGCCUUACUCUCUGGCAGGCUUCAAUUCUAUUAAACUUUAUCAACCACUAUCAGUCAAACAUUUUAAU